GUUUUGUGGGACGCUUUGUAUUGGUAGCUUGCGUCUUGUGAUGCCCGAGCCGAGGCAGAUGUCAUGUAGUUCUAUUACUUCGCAGGAUUUCUAGUGUCAAGAAUUUGGCACCAGUGCAAUGAGGUGUGGUCAGCGCAAGCCAAGACGUGUCAUGAAUAGGGACUUGAGAAUGACUGGAAUAUUGCCAAUAUUAUUUAUCUGACAGACUUCACAAUUAGCUGAUGUGCGUCCAUGUAUUAGUCGAGCAAGGAACACACUCCAGUGAUUUGUUUAUAAUUUUUGAGUCGCGGCGAUGUCCUUUGCGAGAACCCUGUUCUGGAAGGCUGCCGAUUAAAUCGCCAUGGCGUUCAGUUUCUUGGCGCUUGCAAGGGAGUUGGAUUCCUACCGGCUGUACUUGCAAUCUCUACAUUCAAUUCGAAUUGGUAGAUAUUACGAUGUGGCAGUGGCAAUCCUGUACAUAGCAUUUUGUUCAGUAUACAUCGUCAAUACAGCCUAUCUGGAGAACAGUCCCUCAGCUAUGGAUACGCUGGAGUUGGUACUGGCAGUGUUCUUCCUGUGUUGCUGGCUUCUGGAAUUGUUUGCAGCCAGUUCCAGACUACGUUACCUUAUUACUGCACGGUCGUUUUUUACCAUCCUUGCUACUGUACCAGUCUUAGCGACAAUCAGUGAUCAGAAUUCCUAUGUUGGUGGAGGCACUGUCUUCCCCUACAUAUAUCCAAGCCGAUUCAUUGCCUGCUAUGUAAUGGUGGCAUCAUGCCUAGUGCGUGGCGAUGAGUCCUUGUUACACAUCACCCAACUGAAACUCUCUAUCACCCGCCUCCUGCUGGCCAUAGUGUUUUUAAUUCUGACUACCGCAGCGUUCAUUCAAAUCAUCGUCAUCAAAUCCAAUCAGGUGCAAACAUUGAAUUUCUUUGAGAGUUUCUUCUACACGGUGAUCGUGUUGUUCACAGUGGGCUACGUUGAUGACGUGUUGCCGUCAUCCGUCUUUGCUCGCACUGUCAUCCUGGUGGCUAUUAUGUUUGGAGCUGUCUACAUUCCUGCCAAGGUAGCCGAUAUCUAUCAACUUGUACAAGAGCAGUCGGCAUUCAGUGGUCACUUCUCUGGUUUUAGCAAGGAAGAGCUGCGCGAUGGCUACAGUCAUGUUGUGGUGUGUGGAGUGUGGCGCUCGGCACAUCUAUGCAACUUUGUGCGUCGCCUGCUAGCGCUGGGAGGCGGAAAGGAAAUGUCCCGGGCCAAAGUUGUUGUUUUGGGCAAAGCCGAGCCGGAUGAAGUGCUGCUGAAUCUGCUACACGAUCCUCUCUAUUUGCAACGGGUUGUGUAUGUCAAGGGAUCAGUUCUUCACGUGCCAGACUGUCGCCGCGCUUGUCUGAACAAGGCACGUGCUGUCUUCAUACUCUCCGACAAUCACAAGGCGGCGCCAAACAAAAUGGAUGCCGAAGUGAUCAUGAGAGCUGUGGCUAUCCACCACUAUGAUCCAAUGUCUCGCAUUCUUGUCAAGCUACAGAUGCCACAAAACCUCUUUCACCUUACCUGGGGCGGUGUUGAGCAAGUGGUUUGCGUGGAUGAACUGAAGAUGGGGCUACUCGCUCAGAGCUGCCUUUGCCCAGGCUUUUCCACUCUGCUGUACACGAUAGGAUGUCCGUACAUUGGCAGCACGGGAUACCAUGCGGAUCAACGUGAAAAGGAGUUUGUAUAUGGGGCUGAUCAGGAAUUGUAUGUUGAGAAUCCGCCUGACCACUUCAUUGGUAGAUCUUUCACUAGCCUAUCAUCUGAAAUAUUUCGAAGCUACUCGGCGAUCUUGCUAGCUGUAGCUACUCCCAAUGUUGACUCCGCUCAGGGUAGACUUGAUCUAAUGAUCAAUCCAAGGAAUUACAAAUUUACCGGUGAUGAACAGCUUAUCCUCCUGGCAAGAUCAAGUGAUGUAGCCACCGCCAUCAGCCGUUCAACACCUCGUGCAUCUGCCCAGAGGCGAGGCACUCCACUAGCAGCAACAGUAGCCAAUACCAGCGAUGAUGAGAGAACCCCGCUAAUCAUUCCACAACCUACCAAUGGAAUACAAGGGUCAACAGUAGUUGAUGGUCGAUCACAUCGCCUCCGUGCUCCUAAUAAUCACCAGUCGACUGGACGAAAUCCUCAGCUCAGUCGUCAAGCGUCAAUACCAUUGACAACCACUGGUGCACAGCAAGUUGCUACUGCUGUGUGCGACCCAAUCAUGAAUGGACAGUCGCGCUCUUUCAUCAAGCAUCUAGUGGGCACAGGUUCAACACCAGCUCAUGUGUCGCAUGGGCGUAGAACAUCAGAGGAACAUACCAGCUCAGAUGAGGCCGAUGGAGGAAUACACAUGUCCUGGGAAUAUGUGUGCAGUGGAAAGCCUAGACAUAUUGACCUUGCAGAACGGCCGUGGUCGUUGAAAGAUCACGUCAUACUUUGUGACAACAGUGAUGGCUUCCCGCGCAAUAUUGGCUUCUUCCUUGCACCGCUGCGGGCUCAGCACCUGGCAAAUCACAUGCCAGUAGUGGUGUUGAACCCAUCUCUACCAUCAUCUGACCAAUGGAAGAUGCUUUCUUCAUUCCGUGAGGUAUACUUCAUUCAGGGUAGCCCACUGGAGGCUGGAGAUUUAAAACGGGCUGCAAUCGCUACUGCUAGCUAUGCUGUGAUGGUCUCAGACAACACGAUCGACUCACUCGAAGACCCGGAGAAUACAGUAGAUGCUAUCUCUCUACUUGCUGCACACAACUUUCAUUCACUGGCCAGACCCAAUUGCUUCACAAUUAAUGAGGUGAUUCAAAACAGUAAUAUGGACUUAUUGAUUCCUGAGCGUUCAGUAUACCAUCGUACUGAUUGCCCGGAGUAUGCAAAGGAAGAGCUGUCCCUGCCAUUCAUGAGUGGGCAUGCCUUCUCCAGCUCCAUGCUUGAUAACCUGCUGUGCUCGGCCCACACCAACCCACUGCUGCUGUCCUUCAUACGCACUCUGCUCUUCUCCGGGUGUCUGGAUACGGAUGAUGACACGGGCGAAGAGAGCACAGUGGCAGCUGACGGCAGGCAAGUGCCACAGUCUACCAGUGCCGUCAGUGCUAGCAGUGACAACACUGUAAAUAUCAGUGGGGCUAAUGCUCAGCAAGACGGCCGGCCAUCAUCUCAAGCGCAGAGACUGCAUCCAAACAUGGCUCUCAAAACGAUGUCGCAGCACGCGCAAGAAGAAAGUGGCAGUGAGCCGGAAGAUGUUGUGUGCAGUGUCCUGCCUGAUCGUGUUGUUGACCCCCAUGAGCUGUUUGAAGAGUCACCAAUUUACCAGCAUCAUCAGCUGCAUAGUCUGCCUAAAGUGCACCUCAACUUGAAGGACGCCAAUGGUAUAAUGCAAAUACCUAUCCCGACUGAUCUAGUUGGCUCGGCGUAUGGCAAUCUCUUUCAGCGUUGUUUGUGUGAUCAAGCGUCAAUACUGAUUGGCUUGUGGAGAUUAUCACCAGAUGGGCUGCACUAUGUUGCAACUAACCCAAGACCAGAAACAGUUCUCCGUGAAACCGACUUUGCAUUUGUGCUCAGGGCGUCGGGGAGCUAGUAUAGCCUUGGGGAUUUCCUUAGUGUCUUGCCUAUUUUCUUUUAAAAUUGAACUGUGCACUUCACACAAGCAUACUUUAGUAGGCAUGUAUGACGUUUGCCACUUAGGGCUGUCAAUAGGGCGUAUUGCUGGUGUACAUGUCUGUCCUGCCAGGUUGAACGGGGUGUUGUGCUCUCUGAGCUCUAGUUUAGGUUUGUGUUUGCCAUUGCUGCUGCUGGCCAGCCAAUGUGCCCGUUGAUCUUUGUUUUCAAUUUACGAAGAUGCUGUCAAAUUAUUUACUUCAAAUAGACCGGCCCUGUGUGGACCACUAUUGUUGACUACGUUCAAUGUCACAUGAUCACACAUAUCUUUUUAUUACUUUGGAACGAAUUUUAAAAGCUACGCAUAUUACUGGGGUGUGAGGCUCCACUAGUACCCCUUCAUUUCUAAUUUAUUUAGAAAGCUGCUGGAAGUUUCAUCUCCUGGGUUGAUCGUUACAAAAUACAGUUUUGCUGGUAUGCACACUAGUUUCAGCAGAGCCGCAGUUGAGUCAAGGUCAUCGCUUGGUGCUCCGUGUUUUCAUGAACUGACGGUGCAAUCAUCAGAGAACAUUGAUAUAUGUAUAUAUGUACAGUAUUUUCACAGAUGAAAUAGAGGUAGCUACUUCAGCAACACACGCUUUAUUUUUCGAAGAUUCCCUUUGUUUUUUUCUAUCAUGCUUCGUGUUCUGAACAAUCGAUGGCGAAAGCACAGCAUACGAUUGUAUUAUUUUGUAACUCAUGCACCCCCGGUUGAGAAGGUGAUUUGGUUCAUUCA